AUGGAUAUCAACCAUUUGGGCCAGUCCAGUCAAAAACUAUCAUCUAAAACAAACGAUGCUGAUGUUACUCACCAAACAUUUAUGAAGAAUUUGGCCAAAUAUCAUUUUCAAGUAAAAGCUAUAAUUCAAGAUAUUUUAGAUUGUCGACGGUCCAUGGAGACUUUAAAUGAGUUAAAUGAAAAAGGUAGAGCCAAAAUAUCAUUGUUAAGAGAAGAAUUAGAAAACUUAGUUGCCUAUGCCACUGAUUCUGGGGAUCAGAAGUAUCUCCUAGAAGUGGUUUCACAGAGACAUCUACUAUCUGGGCUACUUAAAGAAUUUAAAGAAGCAAAUAUAAGCAGCAUGUUUGCUAUUGAGAAAGCUCAAAGAGAAGAUUUACUUAAAUCUAUAGAUGGAGAAGAAAGUGUUCUAAAAAAUAGAAAAAAGAAAGCUGAUAGGGAUGGCUUGUUAAAAAUGUCAACUGGGGUCACAGAACAACUGCUCUCUAUUAGUAGGCAAUUAGCUGCCACAACACAGAGAAGUCAAGAUACUUUGGACAGUUUAGUUUCAUCAAGCACAAUAGUACAUGGUACACAAGCUGAACUGCAAAAUACAGGGAGUACAAUAACACAAUCGAGCAAAUUAUUAAAGAAAUAUGGCCGACGGGAAUUUACAGACAAAGUGAUAAUGUUCUUUGCAUUCCUUUUCUUUUUAGCUGUUUGCUUGUAUAUUGUUGAAAAGAGGUUAUUU